ACUCUUUUUUUUUUAAAGAGUCACAAAAAAAAAAAAAGUAUGGACAAACUAACUGUGAAAGGAGCAAAAACUUUUCUUUUCUAAACAAUCAAUGAGUCCCAAAUCACAUCGUUCGAACAAGAAAAUUGUUCACGCCUACUCUGUAGGUUUUGGUUUCAGACCUCCUUAUCAAAUUUUGCUGGACGGUGACUUUUGUAAAGCUGCUUUAGAGAAGCAAAUUUACAUCAAGGACGAGCUUCCAGUUUUAAUGACAGGCUUGACGCGUUUAGUUGUGACAGAUUGUAUUUUGCAGGAUAUCAAGGGUAGAGGACAUGAUUUUACAAGUGCGUUCAUUUUAGCCAAACGAUUCGAAACACGUCGUUGUCCACAUAAAGAGAAGGCAGUGUCUAGUUACGACUGCAUCAGAGAUUUAGUGGGUGCCGAAAACCAUCAGCAUUUCUGCGUCGCUACACAAAACCCUAAAUUAAAAGAUCGCAUGAGAAAGAUACCUGGCGUGCCUCUUAUUUAUGUCAACGUGAAAGGAAAUGGUCUUGGUCUUGAACCAAUGACCGAAAAGUCAAAAGAAAUGGUCAAAUUGAAUGAAAUAGAAAAGGUAAAGCCUUUGGACAAGGAGACUGCAAGAUUGAAGAGAGCCCUUUAUUCGAAUGAGGAGGAACAAGUACAUGAGCCUAAACCCACACCUAAAAAGAGAAAGGUGAAAGGCGUUAAUCCAUUAGCAAUGAAAAAGAAGAAGAAGAAGGCCCCUCCUCCACCCAAAAAGAAAACCGUUGAAAAGAAAGCAGCAGAAUAAAAUCUGAUGUAAAUUUAUUCUAUUUUGGGGAGUUGCUGUGGAGUGAUAGUUUUGUUUUUUGAAGUGGUAAAGAAAUUAAGUCGACAGUUGCAAUAAAAUUGCCUGAAGAAUGAUGGAGU